AUGCAUCAAAUACUUAUAGCAGAUGCUCAGAAACUGUUCAACUAUAAGGACAUGGGUUGCAACCCCUUUGCACAAACUGGCCGAAGCAAACUGCAGAAUCAGAGGGCUGCCUUGAACCAACAGAUCCUGAAAGCUGUGCGGAUGAGAACGGGAGCAGAAAACCUUCUCAAAGCAGCCACGAACCACAAGGUACGCGAGCAGGUGCGCCUGGAACUGAGCUUUGUGAACUCAGACCUGCAGAUGCUCAAGGAAGAGCUGGAGGGGCUCAACAUCUCAGUGGGAGUCUAUCAGAGCACAGAGGAGACGUUUACAAUCCCGCUGAUUCCACUUGGCCUGAAGGAAACCAAGGAUGUUGACUUUUCAGUCGUUCUUAAGGAUUUUAUUCUGGAACACUACAGUGAAGACAGCUACCUAUAUGAAGAUGAAAUAGCAGAUCUUAUGGAUCUGAGACAAGCUUGUAGGACACCCAGCCGGGAUGAGGCCGGUGUUGAGAUGCUGAUGAGUUAUUUCCUCCAGUUGGGCUUUGUUGAGAGCCGAUUCUUCCCGCCCACCCGACAGAUGGGGAUCUUGUUUACAUGGUAUGACUCCCUGACCGGGGUUCCAGUCAGCCAACAGAACUUGUUACUGGAGAAAGCCAGCAUUCUGUUUAACACUGGAGCCCUCUACACACAGAUUGGGACCCGGUGUAAUCGGCAGACGCAAGCUGGGCUGGAGGGUGCAAUGGAUGCGUUUCAGAAAGCCGCAGGGGUUUUAAACUACCUGAAAGAGACAUUUACUCACACACCGAGUUAUGACAUGAGUCCCGCCAUGCUCAGUGUGCUGGUCAAAAUGAUGCUCGCACAGGCCCAAGAAACCGUGUUUGAGAAAAUCUGCCUUCCUGGGAUCCAGAAUGAGUUCUUCAUGCUGGUGAAGGUGGCUCAGGAGGCUGCCAAGGUGGGAGAGGUCUAUCAGCAGCUGCACACGGCCAUGAGCCAGGCGCCAGUGAAGGAGAACAUCCCCUACUCCUGGGCCAGCGUGGCCUGUGUGAAGGCCCACCACUAUGGAGCCCUGGCCCAUUACUUUGUAGCCACUCUCCUCAUCGACCACCAGUUGAAGCCGGGUACAGAUGAAGACCACCAGGAGAAGUGCCUGUCCCAGCUCUAUGACCACAUGCCGGAGGGGCUGACGCCCUUGGCCACGCUGAAAAACGCGAACCAGCGCCGACAGCUGGGCAAAUCCCAUCUGCGCAAAGCCAUUGCCCAUCACGAGGAGUCUGUGAGGGGAGUGAGCCUAUGCAAGAAGCUCCGCAACAUCGAGCUGCUGCAGGAGGUGCUGUCCGUGGCACACCAGCGAUCCCAGCUCAAAUACACUCAGCACCAGGAGGACGAUGACCUGCUGAACUUGAUCGAUGUUCCUGACAUUAUCUCUAAAACUGAGCAAGAGGUUGAAAUUAUAGUGCCACAGUUCUCCAAGGUGACAGCAACAGACUUCUUCCAGAAAUUGGGUCCUUUGUCGGUGUUUUCGGCCAACAAGAGAUGGACACCUCCUCGAAGCAUUCACUUCACUGCGGAAGAAGGGGACUUAGGGUUCACCUUGAGAGGAAACUCUCCAGUUCAGGUCCACUUCCUGGACCCUUACUGCUCUGCUGCGCUGGCAGGAGCCAAGGAAGGGGAUUAUAUUGUUUCCAUUCAAAAUGUGGAUUGUAAAUGGCUGACAGUGAGCGAGGUUAUGAAACUGCUGAAGAACUUCGGCGAGGACGACAUUGAGAUGAAGGUUGUGAGCCUCCUGGACUCCACCUCAUCCAUGCAUAAUAAAUGUGCCACAUACUCUGUGGGAAUGCAGAAAACUUACUCCAUGAUCUGCUUAGCCAUAGACGAUGAUGAUGAUAAGACUGGUAAAACGAAGAAAAUCUCGAAAAAGCUUUCUUUCUUGAGUUGGGGCACCAACAAGAACAGACAGAAGUCCGCCAGCACCUUGUGCCUCCCGUCGGUUGGGGUUGUCAGGCCUCAAGUCAAGAAGAAGCUCCCGUCUCCUUUCGGCCUUCUUAACUCCGACAGUUCUAUGUACUAAUGUGAGGAAACAAAAACGCUCAGGCCCAAAACAUUUCCAGUGCUGGCUAGGCCUUCAUAUUUGUGCCAUAAUGGGAAAUUUCUAAAUAUCCUCAUCCUGUUUUCUCACAGUGUAACCUUAAAAUGGAUGUCUAUGAGUGAAAGUAACAAGAAACUUCUAGAAAUGUGUGGAAAACAAAUUUAUUCAAGGAAUGUCACCAUAUUGCUGCAUGUUAUUUAUUAUACAAAGUAUUAUAAAUAGAAUAGUAAUGGAAAUAUGGCUAUUUUUAAUGGCUACAACUAUGACUUUUAGUUACCAUCAAAGUUAAAUUGGGGUUACCUAUAUUGGUCUUAUUUGUAAGUUUCCAGGCUUGGGUAAUAGAUCAUUCCUUAACUCAGAAUCUAGAUGAGCCCAAAUUAAGGCAGUCAAGGGACUAUAACGAUGGGUUUAAAUUAGUAUUACUAAAAAGGUUACGAAGAGCUGCUUUCUAAGGGUACUUCAUUAACCUAAAAUGACAAGAUUUUACUAUUAUUUCUAUAUAAUAUGAAUGCAAUUUCCAGAUAAAGUCUAGUAUCAAAUUUGUCAUGACUUAUUAGAUAAACAGUUUUGGAGUAGCCUUUCUUCUAGUUACAUGUCAUUUACAAGUUGCUAACACAGUGGCAGUGUUAGAUGAAGAUGCUGUCUACAAGGUAGAUAAUAUACUGUUUGAUACUCAAAACAUUUUUCAUUUUGUUUAAAGUAGAAAGUACAUAAUUGUAUAUUUUAAGUCUUUGAAAUGGGUUGAAUUUUAUAAGGUAAUGAUGUAAAUGAUUCAUUUGACUUUUUAAAAUGACAUACUUAGCAGUUGAUUUCUCAUGCUGUAAGUUGGAUGAUACUGUGAUUCUAAUAAGAUUCACUGUUGACAUAGUACAAGUUAUAUAGUUUAAAACAUAGCAUUGAGAUCUAAUUUUGAGAAUUAAGAAUUUAAAAUGUUCUCUAGUGUGCAAUAUCAAAAGGGAAGCAACACCUUUGGGAAAGUUUA